CCCGGCUGUGACCGAAGAAGGACGGAAGACUGAGGUGACGCAACUUUCAAAUAAGCAAAUAUUGGCGGAAUAAAAUAGACCCCAGCACACUCAAGGCAACAAACCAGAGUGCAUCACAUCCAUGCCACGCAUAGAAAAGUUUCUGGAUUAGGGCAGAAUUAACACAAAGCAGCGACGCCACUCCAGCUACACUCGCAAGCAACGCAGAAGAGGCACGAGGGGGGACUGAGACACUCGAGCGAACGCCACCUCAGAAAACUUCAAACUCCGAUAGCGAGAGAGGCAGACGAGUCCAUCCCAGAGAGAGGGAGAGAGAGACAGAGAGAGAGGCAGAGAGACGGCAGCAGAGAGGCAGGGGAUCUUUGCCGAAAAGGUCCUGAAGGAUGGAAGAGAAGCAGUUUGCCGGUAUCCUGCUCUAUAGCUCCUGCGGUGCUUGUCCUAUUGUGAACCUCAACCCUGUGAAGUUCUCUCUCUCUCUCCUCACCGCCCGUCCCAUCACUUAUUUCAUCAUGUCAUCACUUCACUUCUCUUAUCAUAUCUUCGUCUCGACUGUUCGGCUCUCCACUCGUAGCUUUUUCUCACGUGAACCGCUCAGGAGGGAAGAGAACGUCAGGCCUAUCGAUGCUUCCUUCAGUUCAAAGCCCCCGUUCACAGUCAGGCGUCCCAUCACGGGCAUGCUGAGCUAACGAGAGAACGGAGCAGUUCCAGGCGAGCCGGUGAAGAAGGAUGAAAACUCUCGGAGAGGGAACUGGGGCAACCAGAUUGAGUUUGUCCUCACCAGCGUGGGCUAUGCUGUGGGCCUGGGCAAUGUCUGGAGGUUUCCCUACCUCUGCUACAGAAAUGGAGGAGGUGCCUUCAUGUUACCAUACUUCAUCAUGCUGGUGUUCUGCGGCAUCCCUCUCUUCUUCCUCGAGCUGUCCUUCGGUCAGUUCGCCAGCCAGGGGUGUCUGGGAGUAUGGAAGAUCAGCCCCAUGUUCAAAGGUGUGGGCUAUGGCAUGAUGGUGGUGUCCACCUACAUUGGAAUCUAUUACAACGUGGUCAUUUGCAUUGCCUUCUACUACUUUUUCAUGUCCAUGACAAACUUGCUGCCGUGGACGUACUGCAACAACCCCUGGAAUACACCGGACUGCAGCGGAGUGCUGGGCAGCGGCAAACAGUUCAACGCCACCCUGGCUAACGCUACCACGAGCCUGGUAGCAGGGGUGACCGAGGUAGUCAACCGCACCAAGAGGACCAGCCCCAGUGAGGAGUACUGGAAACACUAUGUGUUGAACAUCUCUGAUGGUAUUGGGACCUUUGGAGAGGUCCGUCUCCCUAUCCUGGGCUGCCUGGCUGUGUCCUGGUUUGUCGUCUUCCUCUGUCUCAUCAGGGGCGUUAAAUCCUCUGGAAAGGUGGUGUACUUCACAGCCACAUUCCCCUAUCUGGUUUUGACCAUCCUGUUCAUUCGUGGCAUCACCCUGGACGGAGCCAUCAACGGCAUCAAGUACUACCUGACUCCACAGUGGCAGAAGGUCCUCGAUGCGAAGGUGUGGGGAGAUGCAGCGUCACAGAUCUUCUACUCUCUGGGCUGUGCAUGGGGCGGUCUCAUUACCAUGGCUUCCUAUAACAAGUUCCACAACAACUGUUUCAGAGACAGCAUCAUCAUCAGUAUAACCAACUGUGCGACCAGCGUGUAUGCCGGCUUCGUCAUUUUCUCCAUCCUGGGCUUCAUGGCACACAACCUGAACGUCCCCGUGUCAGAGGUGGCCGACCACGGCCCGGGUCUGGCCUUUGUGGCCUACCCAGAAGCCCUCACUCUGCUCCCCAUCUCACCUCUCUGGUCAAUGCUCUUCUUCUUCAUGCUCAUCCUUCUUGGACUGGGGACUCAGUUCUGUCUGCUGGAGACUUUGGUGACGGCCAUUGUCGAUGAGAUCGGUACAGACUGGAUCAUCAGGAACAAGACUGUUGUCACACUGUCGGUGGCCAUAGUUGGAUUCUUACUUGGAGUGCCACUGACGACACAGGCAGGAAUCUAUUGGUUGCUACUGAUGGACAACUAUGCUGCUAGUUUCUCAUUGGUCAUCAUCUCCUGCAUUAUGUGCAUCUGCGUCAUGUAUGUUUACGGCCACAAGAACUACUUCAGAGACGUUGAGAUGAUGCUGGGCUUCCCUCCUCCUCUCUUCUUCAAAGUGUGCUGGAGAUUCAUCUCCCCCGUUAUUAUCUCAUGCAUCAUGAUCUUCACAGUGAUCCAGUACAAGCCCAUCACCUACAAUAACUACACGUUUCCCAACUGGUCUCUGGGUGUCGGCUUCUGCAUGGCUAUGUCCUCAGUGCUCUGCAUACCCAUCUAUGCCCUCUACAAGAUCUCAAGGUCCCCAGGAGCCACCUUCAGAGAGCGGUUGAAGUUCGCUUGCCGGGCAGAUCCAAAGUGGGGCCCCGCCCUGCAGGAACACCGGACAGGCUGCUACGCCCCCCUGGUCUCCGAAGACACUGUGGAGUCUCGUCCCCUCAAGGAGAAGGAGGAGCUGAAGGAGGAGCUGAGGGAAGAGCUGAAGGAGGACGAGACUGAGAGGAAGGAUGAUAUCAGCCUCACCAUCCAGGGAAGCAACGGCUCCACCAACACACACAACAGCCCCAACCCCAGCGCAUAGACGGCACCCUGCUCUGUCAGCACUACAGGGGCGCUGCCAUCCUGGGCCCCACCAUUUCUUCUUUCUCUUACCUCCGUUCUCCUCCAUCCUCACCCCACUUUCCCACAGUCCUCUGUGGGGGAGAUCCCAUUCACUGGAGACCUUUACAUAUUGUAAGGGCUUAUUAUAUCUAUCCUAACCUCUUCUAUCUAUCUGUGUGUCGUCUCUAGAUAAACGAAGAAAAAAAAAAAAGGAAAAAAUUGGGUCAUCAUCCAAAAGAUUUGUGUGUAUGUUAGUGUGUGUGUGUGGGUGGGUUGUUAAUUUGUUACACAUAAUUUAAUAAUGCAGUUUGUUUUUCCUUUCACUUUUUGUAAAACUUGUACAUGUCAUCUUCAUAUGCAGUUAGAGGUACAGUAAAUUGUGACGCUGCACGUGUUUGUUUUGUGCAUGCAGCAACAUAGAGACACACACUGUUCUCCUUUAUUCUGUUAGCUGGGUCUGUUUGGGGAUCAGUGACUUCCUAGCAGCGGUGGUUUGGCAGCCGUAGACUUGCGAAGCGAUACAGUGGUGCUGUAAUAAAGAGGAGCAGGGUGAACUGUGCCUGAACUGGCCAUUUGCAGUUUGAUGAUGCAGGAAGAUGGAAGGGAAAAGAGGUGGAUACACUCUUUUACACCCACACACUCACACUAAUGUACAUUUUACAGCACACAGUAACCUCAACCAUAGUUGAUCUCAGCUUAAGCCUGUUGUUAUUUUAUGCUGCUUCUUCUUUAAAAAGUUCCACAGAGCACACAUAUUUAACACCCGAGAUGGCGACUGACACUUAGGGCUGAUUAUCUGUGGAAAUCUCCUCCAUUUGUAACUUCUUUUCCACUAAAGCUGCUUAAACUUUGGAAACUCAGCAGAGGAAUAUCAGUUCACUUAAACGGUGCUGUACUCUCUGCCUCCACAUUCACACACACACGUACACACUCAUAAGCAUUUGUUUCCAUUUGACGGAAGACGUCCCAGUGCCCAUUUCUCAGGGUCCAAGCGAAGUAAAACUUUGUGGUUUCUUGUUGUUCCUUGCCUGUGGACACCUUGUCUCGACUAAGGUGGCCUGUUAAGAUUAUAGGGAACGAAACCACUUAACUUUCCCCGCUGUUGAAAAACAUCUAUACAUACACACAAAAUAGAUGCAACUCUGUAUACAGGAGUGAUAUCUCUCCUUAAGUCUUCCAGGCAUUCUUUUUGAGCGAAAUGCAUCUUCGGAUGUCGUCUGUGAACGAGGAUCCAGGCUAGAGGACGUAGCUAGGUAUGUCGUUGUCUGUGUCUCCCGUGGGUCGUAGCAAUCUGCCCCAUUAAGGCAUGUUACCAAAAACAUUACCUGAGUUACCUGAGUCCUGCACAUGUUUUUGGUAACAUAUAUACUGUAUAUCUCAGAAAGACUGGUAUGGUGUCAGUCUCUUACAGUCAGUGGAACCUUUAAUGUAUUUACAGGCAUUUGUUUUAAAGCUCUGAGCCAAGCUGUGCUGUGACUGCUGGAGAGACAGAGAGCAGAGAGAGAUGCAGCUUGUUUCCAGAAGAAUACAGAAUAAAAAAAUCUUAAAUGAAUGAUGUAGAUUUAAAUGUAGCUGUAUAGUAUCGUUUUCUCAGUAGAAUUCUCCUUCUUACCUCUCAUUAUUGUAAAGUAACUUAGUAAAUAAUUAUAAAGACAGCAUAUGUUUAUUUUGUAAAAAAAAAAAAAAACUACAGAAUCAUAAUUAACCAUGUUUACCAUUCCUCAUCUUUGACUUGAUUUGUUGUGGUUUUGUUGUGGAGGGUGUGAUAGGAGAGAGAGGGGUCUCUUUAGCAUGCACAGUCGGGUCUCCCAAAAGUCUCUGAUUGGAAAGCAUACAGGACAUCUUCUGUGGUCGCAGAGGUUUAUGGCGGUCUAAAUAUGGAACAAAUAGAGGAACAGAGGUGUGUUUUUUGUCAUCUAGACAGAUCACACGUUCCUUUGUCUUUUCAUCCUAAGAUGCUUUGUUGGACGCCUGCUCAGGUGAUAGUGAGAUGCUUUUAGCUUCACAGGCAGGGAGGAUUCUUGGGAUUGUAUCAGGUCUGGCUGUAAUGUUUCUUCACAUUGUAGUUUCAGUGUUUCAUUCUUUGUGAGCUGUCAAAGCUUCAAUAAUAUUGAAGAAGUUUAGAGAACUAGAUGGCUAUGAUACCAGUAUUAGCAUGGAACAUAUUAUACAAAAUAUACAAAAUCGUAUGUUAUAUAAAGCAUGUUUACAUGAAGAGAGACUUAAAGGAAUAUAAUACUCUUAUUAUCUUUCUUGCUGAGAGUUAGCUGAAAAGAUUGAGAUAUUACUCGCAUGUAUCUAGGGUAAAUAGGAAGCUGGAGACAGCACCUGUUUAGCUUAGCUUAGCAUAAUGAUGAGAUGGGGGAAGCAGCUAGCAAAGGUAAUCAAAUCUGCCUCCAGAAGCUCUGACGCAAACUAAUUAACAUGUUUUAUCUUGUUUGUUUAAUACGCACAAAAAUAUCUGCUGAUUGCCUGGCAACUGGUCCCGACCAAGACAUAGUAUGGCAUGUAACUCCGCGGUAAUUUGGCAAAUCGUUGUUUUGACUUUUGUGUAUGACUUAAACAAAACAAAAGUUAUAAUGUGUUAAUUAGAAAGCUUCAAAUGUGAUGGUUGGUUGAUUUUAUUUUAUUCAAAACUUUAUGCUAAGCUAACCAGCUUCAUAUUUAGCGUACAGACAUGAGAAUGGUGUCAAUCUAAUCAUCUAACUCUAAGGACAAAGCAAAAAAUCGUAUUUCUGUAAUUCUUAUAUGUCCAUGCGUAUCAGGCUUGUCAACAAUUUUCAGAAAAAUUGAAGCACAAUUCAAUCUGCACAAUCUUUCUUUUCUUUCACCCGUAUUUCCCACAAUUAUGUCAUUAGAAGAGGAGAGUGAUUUUUUAACAUGACAGUGCAGUUGCUCCACUAAUCCACAAGAUGGGGUGAUGCUAACACUCAGAGUAGUAAAGGCACAACAGAGGUGUUACUGUGAACAAAAUACAAAAAGCCCAAUGGACACUAGAAAAUGUUACAUGUCAAGAAAGCAACAAUGAGAGAGGUUCUAAGCACAUAACCUCAAAUAUAGGGGAACUAAUCUUGAUAAGCACAGUGAACAUUCUGAAACAAGCACACAUUUCUACCCAGGUUUUAAAGUUUACAAGAAAGUUCUAGAAACGUACAGUACACUGGAUCUUCACAUAGAUGGAGAAUUGUAGCUUUGGUUAGUAGUUAGCAGUCUGUUUUUAGGUUCUGGUUUUAGUUUAUUCCAAAACUAUUCACACCGCACAUUGUAUUUUACAUUUAUCAUUAAUUAAAUUACGACAAAACCAGGUGCUCCAUAAAACAAGACAUUCACCAUCUACUAAUUUAAAUAUAUUGCGUUGCUUGCUCUGAGUAGAAUUUCUGAUCUAAAGAGUGUUACACUUUCUAAAUGAGGUUUUAUUUGCUGACAGGUAAAUAUGAAGUUAUUAUUCUCAGUGCAUAUUGGGACAGCAUGGAGCUCAGACCAUAUUCUGUUUGUGGUUGCCUGUCUCGUGUGUUCAUGCUGUAGUAAGUGAAGCUUAGCUGCCACGUUACCAUGCUAUCUCUCUCUAUAUCCCCCAACCCCUCACCAUCUCUGCUGCCCCCACAACUCUUCCUCCCUUUGUACAGUAAUGUAAAAAAUAUAUAAUCGGACUGUGUAUGUGUGUGUUUAUCUUUGCUUUUAUUUCGAGGGCGGGUAAGUGUUUUUUUGCGGGUCGGGGGUGGGCGGGUAUUGUUUCAUUUUGUUUUUGAUUUGUCAUUUUUCUCGUAGUGUAAUGUAGACGACGUCAGGUGUAUUGUGUACUCUGUGUGUAGUGGAUUUGCUCUUACUGCUGAGCCUGCAUGUAGAGCAGGCGUAGUGUCAGUAUUGAUGUCAAUGUACCUCUAACCUAUCAGAACUAGCCAAGUCUUAUUCUGCUAAUAAUAUAGUCUAUCUUUUAAGAAGAAGAAAACACGUUUUGUACUAAAAGAAGAGAAAGAAAACUACAUAUUUUAUCUUCAGAUUUUAAUCAUUGUUUAUCCAAUGUUAAAUGACACUACUUUUUUUGUUUGUUUUUUAAGUUGUAUUCAUUGAAACAUUAAGAUAAAGCCAGCUAAUAUUAAAAAGCAUUUCCAAACAAAAAGCUUUGGAUCGAAACUUGAACUACAAAAGAAUGGUUAGUUUUUACUGUGAGCUUUGGUGUAGAUGGCGGCUGCAGCUACAUGACGAUGCUAUGUUUAAAAACCGUAUCACAUGAACUUAAAGAUAUGUUUUACACAGUGCGGCGCCAACAGUCGUACAUCACUGUUUACCUUUAAUAUUCUGUGGCCCUUAACCCCAACCUUUUGUCUAGUUGUUACAAAAUUUUACAAAACAAAUUAGCAAACUCAAAACACCAAAAUGACUCUGCCACCAGGAUCGAAUUAGCAUCAGGACCCAUUAACUCACUUUUUCAUUCUUGUGCAGCUCUGAUGCAUAAUAUCGGAACAUCAUUUUGUUUUAUGUGGAUAUUUUAGUACAAUUAUGUAUCAGACAAGGGUCCAGUUACUAUUAUGUUUUGAUUUAUUUCUCAUGUUGGUACAGUAAACUUCCAUUAUCCGGCUACCAAAAGAGAAGGACCAAUUUAGUUCUUCUUAAAAUUAAAAUUAAAACACAAUUGAAAAAUAGUUUAUAACUGACCCAUGUCUGCACAUACUAAUAUGCUAUUGCCUAUUAUCAUCUUACACUGAAGUGGCUGUGCAGAAAGACACUGAUGUCGAAGAAUGUGAACUACGUGAAGCUUCGGACCAUUUUUAUACACAAAUUCACAGCACAACUGUUCUACUGUAUUAAAAAACAAAACUGACUUUACCUUGUUUCUGUGGUUCUCUGUAAAUUACAGAACAUUACCUCUUGAAUUUCUUACUACUGCUCAUGUAAGCAUACUCUUAUGUUUCAGCACUUUAAAGAAAUCAUUUGUUUUUUUGUCUAAGCAACAGAAAAAAAAACAUUAGAAUAAGAAUUCACACUUCCAUUUUGAAAAAAAGAAAACAAGUAAAUAAUGUCUUAUUUUCAGUGGUCUGGUUGGAAGAACCUGUCCAAGUGUCAGUGGACAAAUGCUGUGUUGUUGCUCUGCCAAUAUAAAUGGUUUAAUGGGACGAGUGGAGAGAAAAAGCACAAGUGGGAAAAAGAACACAGUUCUUUUUGUAUCCUCUAUCAUAUCUAUCUGUCUAUCUAUCUAACCAUGUCUGUUCUUGUUCUUCAACCUUUAGGGCCAAAAUCCAUUGAAAUGUCUUAGUCCUGUCAGCUGUAUAUCGUAAACUGUUGAAUUACAAAAUGGUAAAUAAAAUCUAUUUUAAAGAUCAGUA